AUGCGUGAAUGUAUAUCCAUACAUGGAGGACAAGCUGGGGUUCAGAUCGGCAAUGCUUGCUGGGAAUUAUAUUGCUUAGAACAUGGAAUCCAGCCUGAUGGGCAAAUGCCGUCUGACAAAACGGUUGGAGGAGGCGACGAUUCAUUUAACACCUUUUUUAGCGAAACGGGCGCUGGAAAGCAUGUUCCCAGAGCCGUGUUCAUAGAUUUGGAGCCAACAGUAGUCGAUGAAGUUCGCACGGGGACCUACCGACAACUUUUCCACCCGGAACAACUUAUAACGGGUAAGGAAGACGCCGCUAAUAAUUAUGCAAGAGGACAUUACACCAUCGGUAAAGAAAUAGUUGAUUUGGUAUUAGAUAGAGUUAGAAAGUUAGCUGAUCAAUGCACGGGGCUUCAGGGGUUUCUCAUAUUUCAUUCUUUUGGGGGUGGAACUGGCUCUGGAUUUGCUUCUCUGUUGAUGGAGAGGUUAUCUGUGGACUAUGGAAAGAAGUCAAAGCUUGAAUUCGCCAUAUAUCCUGCUCCCCAAAUAUCAACCGCAGUUGUUGAACCGUACAAUUCAAUACUUACAACGCAUACAACUCUAGAACAUUCAGAUGCUGCUUUUAUGGUCGACAAUGAAGCUAUCUACGAUAUCUGCAGAAGGAAUUUGGAUAUUGAAAGACCCACUUACACUAAUUUGAAUCGCCUAAUAGGACAAAUUGUAUCGUCCAUCACGGCUUCUUUAAGAUUCGAUGGUGCCUUAAAUGUUGAUUUAACAGAAUUUCAAACCAACUUGGUACCGUAUCCACGGAUUCAUUUCCCUUUAGUUACAUACGCUCCCGUAAUUUCUGCAGAGAAAGCUUAUCAUGAACAAUUGUCAGUAGCUGAAAUCACGAAUGCUUGUUUUGAGCCCGCUAACCAAAUGGUGAAAUGUGAUCCUCGCCAUGGAAAGUACAUGGCUUGCUGCAUGUUAUAUCGUGGUGAUGUGGUUCCUAAAGAUGUGAACGCAGCCAUAGGUACAAUAAAAACUAAACGCACUAUACAGUUUGUCGAUUGGUGUCCCACCGGGUUUAAAGUUGGUAUAAAUUAUCAGCCACCUACUGUAGUACCGGGAGGAGAUUUAGCUAAAGUCCAACGUGCUGUUUGCAUGUUAUCUAAUACAACUGCCAUAGCCGAAGCAUGGUCUCGACUAAACCAUAAAUUUGAUUUGAUGUACGCCAAAAGAGCGUUUGUCCACUGGUACGUCGGUGAAGGUAUGGAAGAAGGUGAAUUUUCAGAAGCUCGCGAAGAUCUAGCUGCUUUAGAAAAGGAUUACGAAGAAGUGGGCAUGGACUCUGGCGAAGGAGAAGGUGAAGGAGGCGAAGAAUAUUAA